UUCCUCCUCUUCUUCCUCCUCGCGUCGCUUUUCCACCGCAGCCGUCUUCCUCCAGUCUCUCUCUCUCUCCCUCCCUCCCUCUUCUUCCUCCUCCUCCCUCCCUCUCCCUCUCUCUCUCUCUCUCUCUCCCCUUCUUUUUCCCUCCUAGUUAUGAAAACGUCACUUCAAGUCCCUCCCUGUUUGAAUCUCAUUAGUUUCUUGUGUGUUUCUCCCUGUCAAUAAUCCUGAAUCCAGACUCUCUCUAUUUCCAUCCCUCUCUAUCUGUCAAUCAGCGCCGCCUUUGAACUGAAAACCACUCCGACCAACUUCAACUCACUCAAUCCGAGCGGCUCGCCUCCUUCUCCGGCUUCCUUUUCCUGCCAAGAUCCCCCCUUUUUCUUUUUGAGUUUUUAUACACCGACAACCCCGCCAGAGCUUUUUUGGAAAACGCCAGUUGCAGACCCCCCUCUUUAAAAAAAGAAAGAGACAAGAAAAAGCAACUUAAAACUCGGACUUUUCUCGAUCCACCAAGAGGGGGUUCUCUCUCUCUCUCUCGUCCUCCUUCUUCUUCUUCUUCUUCUUCUUCUUUUUUAAAAAAAAAACUUUUGUGUCCUUUUGUUUUUUUUUUGCUGCUCGCGUUUUUCUACAAAAAGAAACAAACAAAAAAAAAAAGGGGCAAAGAGACAGAAGACAGAUAUUUUUCGCUCGGGGAAAAAUGCCGCAGCUGAACGGCGGUGGAGGGGACGAUCUCGGCGCAAACGAUGAAAUGAUCGCGUUCAAAGACGAAGGCGAGCAGGAGGAGAAGAUUUCGGACAACUCGUCGGCAGAAAGGGAUUUAGCAGAUGUCAAAUCGUCGCUGGUGAACGAGUCGGAGACGAACCAGAACAGCUCGUCGGACUCGGAGGCGGAAAGACGGCCUCCGCCUAGAUCCGAAACUUUCAGGGACAAAACAAGAGAAAGUUUAGAGGAGGCUGCGAAAAGGCAAGAUGGAGGGCUGUUCAAGAGCCCACCGUACCCGGGCUAUCCGUUUAUAAUGAUCCCCGAUCUCACAAGCCCCUACCUCCCCAAUGGAUCACUUUCUCCAACAGCACGCACAUACCUACAGAUGAAAUGGCCCCUGCUAGAUGUUCAACAAGGAGGUCUUCAAAGUAGACAAGCACUUAAAGAUGCCAGGUCCCCGUCACCGGCACACAUCGUUGGGCCCUUCUGCUGGGAAUUCCCCGGACAGUCAGAUCUGAGCCUUCACCAAUUUCAUUUGUCUAAUAAGGUUCCAGUGGUACAGCACCCUCAUCAUGUGCACCCUCUCACACCUCUGAUCACCUACAGCAAUGAGCACUUCACACCGGGGAACCCCCCACCUCACCUACAGACAGACGUGGAUCCCAAAACAGGAAUCCCAAGGCCUCCACAUCCUCCAGAUAUAUCUCCUUAUUACCCACUGUCCCCCGGCGCUGUCGGCCAGAUCCCCCAUCCGCUAGGAUGGUUAGUACCACAGCAAGGUCAACCUGUUUAUCCAAUCACAACAGGGGGUUUCAGACACCCCUACCCAACUGCGCUCACUGUCAACGCAUCCAUGUCAAGUCUUCUGUCCUCUAGGUUCCCCCCACACAUGGUGCCCCCCCACCACAGUUUGCACACCACGGGCAUCCCACACCCGGCCAUCGUCACAACCAACGUCAAGCAGGAAUCCUCCCACAGUGACAUCAGCUCCCUCAACUCGAAACAGUCAGAAGCUAAAAAGGAAGAGGAGAAAAAGAAACAGGUCCACAUAAAGAAGCCUCUGAAUGCCUUCAUGCUCUACAUGAAGGAGAUGCGGGCUAAGGUGGUGGCUGAGUGCACACUGAAGGAAAGUGCCGCCAUAAACCAGAUCCUGGGGCGGAGGUGGCACGCCCUAUCGCGGGAGGAGCAGGCCAAGUACUACGAGCUGGCCAGGAAAGAACGACAGCUCCACAUGCAGCUGUACCCCGGCUGGUCAGCACGUGACAACUAUGCGGCUAACCAACAGGGGAAAAGGAAGAAGAGAAAAAGGGAAAAGCAGCAAGCAGAGAGCAAUGAACACAGAGAAUAUUUUCCAAACCCUUGCCUUUCACUCCCUCCGAUUACAGAUGCAAAUACCCCAAAGAAGUGUCGUGCCUUGUUCGGGCUUGACCAGCUGAGUUUAUGGUGCAAACCAUGCAGGAGAAAAAAAAAGUGCAUUCGCUACAUCCAAGGUGAAGGCAGCUGUGCCAGUCCUCCCUCUACGGACGGAAGCUUACUAGACUCCCCCCCAUCCUCCCCCUCCUCGGUGGUCCCCUCCCCCUCCUCAAAAGAGUCCAAACCUCAGACUGAACAAAUGCAACCUCUCUCACUGACUAUGAAACCGGCCCACCAGCCACUCCACCACCCGCACCUCCUGGCUGGGCCUCCACCGCCAUCUUUGGUUCCGCUGGAAAACUCUGCUGCAUCUCGCAAAAGGCCCGGCGCCUCCUCCCACAACGGAGCCCUGGAGCACGGCGACGUCUCGUCCUCGCGGCAGCCGGGCUCCUCUGUGGCGUCCUCAAUGGCCCGGCCCUCGGCAUCGCUGUGUCAUUCCCACUCGCUCCUCUCCUCCACGAACCCCCAGCCUCUGUCGCUAGUGACCAAGUCUAUAGAAUAGUCUAUCCUAUUCUUCUUCUCCUCUUUUCUAGCUCCGCACACACACACUCACACAAACAGACAAAACCUUUCUAGGCCCUCUCUCUGCUAUAUCUCACUUGCCGUCGGUUCUUUUCUUUUUUCUGUUCCUGUGCCAUAAGGCGUUGAAAUUUUUAGUUUUGGUUUUAUCGAGGUUCAUUGGUCAAUAUUUGACCCGUCAUUAUCAACAAAAAAAAUCUAAUUAUUAUAAAGAAAUGAUACAAUGAGCUGUAGUAUAGCUUUGUGAAUCUGCCAAAAUUUUUAUGGAUUUUCGUUUUUGUCUUUUUUGUAACGUUAAACAGUGCAAACAGAAAAAAUUAUCUAGUUCCACUUCGAUAUGUUUAAAAAGACGGAUAUAAAAAGGUAGGUAGAUUGUUCAAUGAGCCCUUUUCUUGAAAGAGUUGGUUCUACUUCUUUAUUUGUAUUAAAUACGAGCUUGCGAACCAAUCAUUUGACAUCUGUUCAAAAUCUAGGAGGGCAUGAGGCUAGCGGCGACACCUCUCUGAGGAACAACUUUAAUUGUGAUGUUACUUGUUCUUGUUUAAAUGUACAGAAUAAUGGGGGGGAUGGGAUUACUGUGUUAAAUAUGCAUUCUUCCACUGCGUUGUCUAUUUUUUUUUUUUGUUGUUGUUUACCUUUGGGGCAGAGUCAGGCAAGUUGGGUGGGCUUGAGGGGCGGUGGGGGUGGGGCGGGGGUCGAGGGUUAUUAAAGUCAAAAUGUCACAACGCUAGGACCAGUAGUAUUUAUUGCUUUAGAGAUUGCUUGUUGUAUCUUGUACGUGUCUCUUUUGGACUUUUUUUUUUUUCUUAAUACAUUGUACAAAUAUUUUUUCUUAAGGUAAGCGACUUAUAUAUGAAUGAUCCAUUUUUACAAGGAGGUUUUAAAAAGGCAAAAAUCUUUUCUUUUUUUUGUUUUUGUUUUCUUUGAUUUCUUUGAUUUCUUUCCUUGCUGAAAACCUGGAUUCCACUCAGUGUACUGUGUAGAUCUCAUGAACAGAAGUAUGCACAACUUCAUUUCAAGAAAUGCGUCUAUAAGCCAUUUUACAAAAAAGAAGAAUAGAAAACUUGAACCAGGAGACGGUGGGUACCAUGUCUUCAGUAGUUGGAAACGUGUCCGAUGCCCUUCUUUUUUAUUGCACAGUCACAUCUCUCCGACUGUAGAUUCGUGUACAGAUUUUUCCGUGCCAAAUUUUUGUGAUAAUUUUCUCUGCCCCUCCAACCAUGCUGUAGGGAUCUCUCUUUUUUUCGUUUUUUUUUCGUUUUUGUUUUGUUGUUGUUUGUUUUUUUUUUAUUUCGAUACCAUUCUUUGCUGUGACGUUACAUAGAUUGCUAUGUAUGUAGUAUAAAUGUUGCUAUAACAAAUGUGUUUGGUAGCAAACUGUCAAAUAUUAAAAUUUAAACUUAAAAAGACGGACAUCAUACUGUAUAAACCCACAAGGGCCAAAUUAUGUAUAUUAGGAGGUUCAUAAAAAAACUAUUAAAUACAAAAAAAUACACAAACUGCCACUUUUAAGUACACUACUACAUAUAGGUAGAUAGAAAAAAUAGGCAUGUUGAUGUUGCAAGAGGCUGUAAAAAAAGCUACAAGAGAAUCAUCCACUCGGUGCCAUUGUAGUUGACAUGACGCGACUGUAAUCUGUCGAUUUCUUCUCUGGUUUAUUAAGAUGCUAAUGAUAAAUAGUUUGAAUGUUUCCUUAACGGCUGUGAUGUUCCUGUUCUAUUUUAUGCUCUUAUCUUUUUGUUUGUUUGUUUUUUUCCUGUUAUUUUAAAUGGUUCCAAAACCAUGUUUUUUUGUAAUGAAUAAAUGUUUAUGCUGUACAGUCUCUGUAGCAUGCAGUUCUGUAUUAAUAAAAGCAACUUAGUAUGUGCA